GCGCUGUCUUAGUAAACACAACAGAGUUCCGGUGAAUAUCAAAUUUCUGCCUCUUCGCCUGGUAACCGAUGAAUUUCGUCGAUAACUUAAACAAAUGGACGAGUAGGGUGGAUAUGGACUACGGGAACAAACUGAACCAGGCUCUCUCCUCUAGCACUAAAUUUCUGCCCACAGCAGGACUGCGCGGUGCUGGGCCGUUUCAGCACUACGGCCGGCCCUUGGGCCACGGCGUGAAAGUCAAAGAGGAAGACGAGAGUGUGGAGGAUUUCUUCCAUUUCGCUCAGCAUCUUCAGCAGCAAACAGGCGAGUGUCUCACAGCGUGCUGCGGUGGAGCAAAUCCCAAAUCUCUCCCUCUCACUACCACUCUAAGUACCUCACUUACUGCCUCUCUCACGUCCCCUCUGAAUACCCCUCUCAGUAGCCCCCCACCCAAACCAAGCAGCCAUCCUUCAGCCGAGCGGCCAUACCACUGUCAGGACUGCGGCAAGUAUUUCAGAAUCAGCGACAUUAAGCGCCACCAGCGGAUCCACAGCGGAGAGAGGCCAUUCCCUUGCUUCCAGUGUGGUAAGAACUUCCCCACAUCAGGCGAUCUCAAAAGGCACGAGAGGAUCCACACAGGUGAGCGGCCGUACCACUGCCUGCAGUGCGGCAAGAAUUUCUCUGACUCGGGUCACCUCAAGCAGCACGAGAGGAUGCACACGGGUGAGCGGCCGUAUCAAUGCCCGCAGUGCGCCAAGCGCUUCUACAGGUCGGGUGACCUCAAACGGCAUCUCCGCAUCCACAGCGGCGAGCGGCCUUACAAGUGCCCGCAGUGUGAAAAGACCUUCUCCGAUUCUGGUCACUUGCGGGGCCACCAGCGCAUCCACACAGGAGAGCGGCCUCACCGCUGUACGCUGUGCGAGAAGAGCUUCUUCAGAUCGGGAGACCUGAAGCGUCACCACCGGACACACACUGGUGAGAGGCCAUACCAGUGCUACCAGUGCGGGAAGAGCUUCUCCGAAUCGGGUCACCUGAAAGAGCACCGGCGGAUUCACACCGGAGAAAAACCCUACCACUGCAACCAGUGCGACAAGAGUUUCUCGCGCCUGGAGCGACUGAAGGGCCACCAGAGCAUCCACACGGGCGAGAGGCCCUUUCACUGUGCUCAGUGCGGCAAGAACUUCUUCAGAUCCGGUGAGCUCAAGAGGCACCAGAGGAUUCAUAACGGAGAGAGAGCAUGAAAUCGCUUAUUAAAGCGUUAGGGCCAGGUUUUGAGGUCUCUGUUUUUUUCUUUUCAGGGUAUUUUUAUUUUAUUUUUGCUUUCCUAUUCAUAGCCAACCUGACUGCUGAUCUCAUGUUGCAGAAUGGUUUCUGCUGUGUGAAACGAAUAAUUCCAGAGGGGCUGUGUUAGUCAAAGGGUAGAGAAAGGAUAGUACGUACAAUUUGGCUUUUGAGGAGGAGGAGGAGGAGGUUCGGCUAACUGAUUUGAGUUUUUAUGCCCAGAUGAUAGCAGAGAGGACAUUUACCUGGCCCGUGACAUUCCCUCUUAAAUAAAAUUCAAGCAUUAGGGUCUCCUUCUAGGAUGUUGAUUCUAUUUUUAACCAAACAUAUAAAAUACUUCAGAUCCUCCCUGCAUGUUAAAGGUUCCUCGGAUGGCUUACGCAGCGAUCCUGACCCAUUCCAGAUUUUUUUUUUUUUUUUUUUUUUUUUUAAAUCACUACCUCCACAUAUUGUUAUUUGCAGUUAAGUUCUGACUGGGAAUGGCCUGUUGGAAUGUUCACUGUUACAAUCUGCUUUAAGUUUAAAGGAAUGAAUCGGCAAAAAAUAUAUUUGCACAUUGAUUCCCCUUACCCCAAAUGUCACCUGGUGUUGGCUUCUUUAGUUUCACACUGGACUGUAAUGUAGCUAAAGGCUGAUUUAUACUUGAUGUUAACAGCGCGUACGUGCAUGCAAGAUGGCCAUUGUGCAUAUCCUGCGGUCAUUUGGUCUCAUCGUGUGUGCAUGUCUUCGGAUGCAUUCGUGUGGUGCAAUACCAACAUUAACAGUCGAGGCAGCAUAACACCAUAUACCACCUGAAAGGUCUGUUUUUGAAUACCGUUUUCUGGAUUUUCUAGACUAGCAAAUACUUUUCAAUGUACGGUGAGGGUUUUUGAGUUGAGACGCAGCUCAUGACGACAGUAACGCCCAUGGCAGGAAGUUCCGUGCAUCAUUAAAUAAUACGGUUCGACUUGGAAACCAAGUGGACCGGGAUGUUUUGGCUGUGACGUGUCCUCUAUCGGACACCGCUUUUAACUCUCCAGAUGUACAUGAGAUACGCAAGUGUGUGUGUGUGUGUGUGUGUGUGAACAAUGGUGCUAGUGUACAAAGCUGCACGUAUGCAUGGGGAAAGUGAAGUGUAAGUGUGUGUGUGUGUGUGUGUGUGUAUUAUUUUAUAUAUAUAUAUAUAUAUAUAUAUAUAUAUAUAUAUAUAUAUAUAUAUAUAUAUAUAAUCUCACACACAGACAUAUAUGCGCCUUACCGAGUAUUUGAAAUUUUUCCUGCUCUUUUACAACAUUUUGGUUUCCUCCCACCACACAGAAACAUACCAGCAUCCCUAAAUUGCCCCCAGGUGUGAAUGUGUGUGUGCGCGCGCAUGAUGCCCUACGACGGACUGGUGUCUCAUCCAGGGUGUAUUCCUGCCUCACGUCCAGGAUAGGCUCCGGAUCCACAAUGGCCCUGACCAGGAUAAAGUGGUUAUUAAAGAGGAAUGACUGAUCAGUUAAUUUAUUAUGUAUUCUACUGCUUUAUUUGGAGUAAGUACAUGUAAAAAAAAAAAAAAAAAACAAUAAAAAAUUUAGGCCUAAAUAUAUGGGAAAAGAUUUUGAGCGAGACUUCUAUUUCUUGUGAACAUUACUUCUAUAAGAAAACUAAAGAAGCGUAUCAGACAAUGAAUACGCCUUGUCUAACAGACUACAUUUGGAGUAAUGGUGGGAAAACGUGUGAAGUAGAUUUUUUUUUUUUCUUCUUCUUUCUUUUCGCUCCUGAGCUAUUCAUUUAACUAACAAUAAUAUUUUUUUUUCCCUGCCACACCAAUGGAUCUCCAUGUUUCCAACUCCGUUACAAAGUAUGUAUUGUACAGUACAAUAUUUGUAUAUUGUAGCAAGUUAUAACGUCAAGUGAAAGAUCCUGUAGAACUGUAUAUUAAAAAGAUGUGUAUGCUUACAUUCUUUGUAUUUGCAAUAUUUUUUUAUUUUUGCUCUAUUUUUUACAAGUGUGUGUGCUGUAUGCAUUUGUUUCGGUGCAGAGACGGUCAACUCAUCAUGUGAUUUGAACACGCACAUGACCCUAACAAUGGACUACAGAGUUUUUGCAACUUGUCUUAUCUAUCUCCUUUCUCCACCCCCAUCCCCCCUCCCCCCGUCUUUGUUGUAUCACUGUAUGUAACAGCACAUAACGAACUUGUGAUUGCUUCAUGCCACUGUCGUGGCACUGUAAAAUGCUACUGUACUCAUCAUGUAAAGAACACAUUUGGGGAGGGGGGGGGACUCUGUUAACCAUGACGCUCUUUGAGUUGCCAGUGUAUUAGUUAUUAGAUUGGUAUAUGUAAUAAACCGGCAACUCUGAGUGUAUACUGUUUGUACACUCAGUUGCUAACUGUGUAGGUGUACUAGUCUAGUAACAAAUUCACUGGCAACUCGGUGUAAGUUGUCACCACUAUGUCGGAAAUAGUAUGUACCAGGUUAGAGUGUAAGACGUCUGUUGUGGAAACACAGUUUAUGAUUCAGUUACUUAGGAUCUGCACUUUUAGGUAAUGUAUUAAUCUAAUCUUUUACAAAGCAUAUGAAUUAGAUUUAGUGUCUUAACUACAUUUAUUUUUAUUUUGUUAAAACCAUGAUGUUUUCCAUACUGGUCUUUUUUUUCCUUUUUCUUUUUUUUAAAACCAUAUGUAUCUAUUUAACCAUUUAUGGGUGUGUGUAGUUUAAUAGGCUUUGAUUCAAUCAGAAUUAUGACCUUUUUAAUUGCUUCAACAAAAAAAAAAAACAUUUCUCAUGAUUACUAAUAAACUGAAAUGCCCAGUAUUUCUAGAAAGACCAAACAUAGAACAUGUAGUAUAACAUGUACUACAAUGGUGGUAUUUAAUGUCUUUCUGAUUGAAUCCAGGCUGUAGAGUAGGUGUGGGAUUUUCAAACCCUGGGAUGCCUUUUCCUUUGCCUGUGCAUGAGUGUUUUUAUUUGUAUGUUAAUGUAAUUAUCCUUUAUUUGCACAAAAUAAAUACAUAAUCUCUA